GCCCCCUCCACGACCCGAGCGCCCGCUCGCGCGGCUCCCACAAUGCACCGCACAAUGGCCCGACCGCCGCCACUACCGGGGCCUGAGCGGGCCUGGCGGAGCCCGAGCGCGGCCCGGCCCGCAGCGCGGGGCCCCGAGCGCGGUGAAGAGAUUGUUUUCUGAAAGCUGCGUUGGAGGCUGUGACAGAGCUGAGAGCCUGUGUGGAGCGGAUGGAGAGGCUUUCUCAAUAACAUGGCCCUUUGCCAUUAGCCUUGCCAUGACCACAUUUUUCACCAGCGUCCCCCCCUGGAUUCAAGAUGCAAAGCAGGAGGAGGAAGUGGGCUGGAAACUAGUUCCCAGGCCUCGGGGCCGGGAGGCGGAGAGUCAAGUGAAGUGCCAAUGUGAAAUUUCGGGGACACCUUUCUCAAAUGGGGAAAAGCUGAGGCCUCACACCCUUCCGCAACCAGAACAGAGACCAUAUAGCUGCCCUCAGCUGCACUGUGGCAAGGCUUUUGCUUCCAAAUACAAGCUGUAUAGGCACAUGGCCACCCACUCAGCCCAGAAACCCCACCAGUGUAUGUACUGUGAUAAGAUGUUUCACCGCAAGGACCAUCUGCGGAACCAUCUGCAGACCCAUGACCCUAACAAAGAGGCCCUCCACUGCUCUGAGUGCGGUAAGAAUUACAAUACGAAGCUGGGCUACCGGCGCCACCUGGCCAUGCAUGCUGCCAGCAGCGGUGACCUCAGCUGCAAGGUGUGCCUGCAGACCUUUGAGAGUACCCAGGCCCUGCUAGAGCACCUGAAGGCCCACUCACGCCGGGUAGCAGGCGGUGCCAAGGAGAAGAAGCACCCCUGUGACCACUGUGACCGGCGGUUCUAUACUCGUAAGGAUGUACGGCGGCACCUUGUGGUGCACACAGGCCGUAAGGACUUCCUGUGCCAGUACUGUGCCCAGCGGUUUGGCCGUAAGGACCACCUGACGCGUCAUGUCAAGAAGAGCCACUCGCAGGAGCUGCUCAAGAUCAAGACAGAGCCCGUGGACAUGUUAGGCCUACUCAGCUGCAGCUCCACAGUCAGUGUGAAGGAAGAGCUGAGCCCUGUGCUGUGCAUGGCCUCUCGGGACGUAAUGGGGACCAAGGCCUUCCCUGGCAUGUUGCCCAUGGGCAUGUAUGGUGCCCACAUCCCUACCAUGCCCAGCACGGGCAUGCCACACUCCUUGGUGCACAACACACUGCCCAUGGGUAUGAGCUACCCUCUGGAAUCCUCACCUAUCUCUUCCCCAGCUCAGCUCCCUCCAAAAUACCAGCUUGGAUCUACCUCAUACUUGCCCGACAAAUUGCCCAAAGUGGAGGUGGAUAGUUUUCUGGCGGAGCUUCCUGGAAGCCUGUCUCUCUCAUCCGCUGAACCCCAGCCCGCCUCACCUCAGCCGGCGGCAGCUGCGGCCCUCCUAGAUGAAGCACUGCUUGCCAAGAGCCCUGCCAACCUCUCUGAGGCCCUCUGCGCUGCUAAUGUGGACUUCUCCCACCUACUGGGCUUUCUUCCACUCAACCUGCCCCCGUGUAACCCACCUGGGGCCACAGGAGGCCUGGUCAUGGGCUACUCCCAGGCCGAGGCACAGCCCCUGCUCACCACUUUGCAAGCUCAGCCUCAAGAUUCCCCAGGAGCUGGGGGACCACUGAACUUUGGGCCUCUGCACUCCUUGCCUCCUGUCUUCACGUCUGGCCUGAGUAGCACCACUCUGCCUCGUUUCCACCAAGCAUUCCAGUAGCCCCCACAGAGGCCCUCAGCUCAGUUUUUGGCUCUGUUAGGGAGCCUUAGUACCCACCCCAUCCAUGUCCCCCAUGAAGGCAGCUGAGCUUUCAGAGCUGGGUUCAAAAAAAAUUCCAGUGUCUGUAUGGAGCACUUGGUUUGGGGGUUCAGGCUCCAGGAUCAAUUCCAGAAGGAGCCUUGAGCCCCAACCCUGUGAAAAGAUCUCAUACCAUAGGACUUCAGGUAUUUUUUACUUUUAUUUUUUUGACCUGAAUCGGGAGCCACACUUAGCCCUCUUCCUCUCCAAAGCGCCAGAACCUCCUCCUCUUUGGAGAAUGGGGAGGCCUCUUGGAGACACAGAGGGUUUCACCUUGGAUGACCUCAAGAGAAAUUGCCCAAGAAGCCCGCCUUCUGGUCCCAACCUGCAGAUCCCACAGCAGUCAGUUGGUCAGGCCCUGCUGUAGAAGGUCACUUGGCUCCAUAGCCUGCUUCCAACCAAUGGGCAGGAGAGAAGGCCUUUAUUUCCCACCCACCCAUGCAUCCUGUACCAGCACCUCCAUUUUCAGUCAGUGUUGUCCAGCAACGGUACCGUUUACACAGUCGCCUCAGACACACCAUUUCACCUCCCUUGCCAAGCUGUUAGCCUUAGAAUGAUUGCAGUGAACACUGUUUACACACCGUGAAUCCAUUCCCAUCAGUCCGUUCCAGUUGGCACCAGCCUGAACCAUUUGGUACCUGGUGUUAACUGGAGUCCUGUUUACAAGGCGGAGUCGGGUCUUGCUGACUUCUCUUCACUUGAGGUCACAUUUUUCCCCUGUGGGGAAAUAAACUGAGUUUGGACUGCUCCAGUCUCUGCCAUCUUCCAUGACUGCAUCUGUUCCUGCCUGCCUCGGCAGUGUCCACAGAAGACAGGCAAGAAGAUUGGAGCAGUUUUCUCACAGGUCUGCAAUUCUGUUUUUCUCCAAGUACAUUAUGACCCCCUCAUCCUUCUCUUGAACUGGGGAGGGGAAGAAAUGAAAGGCAUGCCCAUAUCCGUCACCUCCCCAUCCCUUAGUCCCCACCUUGAACAUCAUGAGCUGUUGUUACUAGUCUUGGAAGCAGAGUCUGGGUUGGUGUGGAUAGCGAAGGAGGAGGUCUGAGCCCUUCAUUUGUCUUCCUCCCACCUGUCCCUUUUCCAGGAAGUUGUGGAAUUGUUGGAAGAAGAGUUUGCAGAAAGGAAUGGGCAGAUAGCUAAGUCCUAAUCUAUGGGUACAUUGUUGUGUCCCAAACCAAAAUUUUCCUUAUCCGCAAUGUCCCUUCUGUCUCUUCCACUUUACAGUGGACUCGGCCACUGUGCAUAGGCUUCUCUGCUCUCCGUCAAAUCACUUCUACUUCCUUGUGCCCCCGCCCCCGCCUCCAGUUUUCCCCCAGUAUCCAGCAAGGUUUCUUGCAACAAAUGAUCAGUUCUUCUCUUCUGACUUGUGGGGCUCCCUACCGCAGAGAGUACAGCCCUUGCCCAGAGCCCAGGAACCCCAUCCUUGCUUCAUCUCAGUUCUUCAUGGGCUUCACUCUUCCCACUCAUGGAAGGGAGGCAGCUCAGGGACCUCCAUUGUGGGACCCUUGAGACGCCUCCACUCUGAUUCAGAAACACACUUCUACCUCUUUACUGUUAAGUCUUAACAGAUGCAGUCAGCAGUUUCUGGGCACUUCUCUCAGUAGGUGUCUCCUGCUGACUUCUCCACUAGGGUUUCAGGACAAACUACCAAGGAACUGCCUCAGCCUCCUACCAGUUCUCCCUCACCCAACUUCACUUGGUUUGUCAUCAGGAACUGAGCAGGUGCAGGACUCAGGCUUCUGCUUCAGCCCAAGCCAGUACUCCUUGUUUGAGGUAAAAGCCUUAAAAUUUAGCUCCCUAGCCCUUGAUUGGAAGCAAUUUGGAAUAAGUGUGUUUCGAUUUAGGCAGGGUAGCUUGGGAUACCUUUUAAAAAACAAAACCAGAUAUUAAAAUGUCUGGCAAGGUUAGAAUCAGACUAGAUGAUUUGCUUCUAAAAAUUAGUUUCAGUGAGUCCCAGAGACUAAUUAAGGUUUAUUUUAAAAAGCGUCUACCUUGGUACGCAGCCACCUCCUGCAUGCUGUGCAUGUUAUUGGGACUUGUAUUAUAGGCGAUAGUAUGUGAGAAUCCAGUUGGGACUCGCUGUUGCCAUCCUCCUUGUUGUAUCUGGUUUUCAUUACUAGACCCAGCAACCCUUCUCACCUUAACUGCCACCUUCCCUACACCCUCAGUUUACAGAGGCCACUGAGCCUCUGGCUGCAGAAUACAAAGUCCUGGGCUGUUAGAGGAGUCCUUUCCUCUCUGCCUGCCCUUUCCUGUCCCUCCCUUGAAUUCUUUCUCCCCGUAAGUGAUGCUGGGAAAGUCAUAGGACUGGCAAAGCAACUGUUUAAACCCUUGUAACUGGGGCCUUGCCCCCACCUCCUGUCUUUUCUCCUUGCCUUCCCCAAUCCCGUGUCCUCCCAUCUAUCCUGUCUUUCCUUUCCUCCUCCCUUAGUGUCCUCAGCACCCACAAGGAAUUUUCCUAUCACUGUGAACUUUGCUGGUACAGGGGAAUGAUAUCUGCCUUCACCUUUUUUUUUUGGACCAUAGCUAGCCAGUCAUUUCUUAAACCUCCCUUCCUAAAAUCUGGGGGGGGGGGGGGGGGGAAGCCUUAGUGGCCUGGUUGUUCAAUGCUUACUGAGGCCAUGAGAACCUGAGGGACAUCUGCCCAGGACACGAGCCAUGGCAUAUGGCAAAGACCAAUGAGGGACCAGGAAAAAAUGGGGUGAUGUCCCCUUUCCCUGCCACCUCCAGCCUCUGUCAGCAAUGAGCUGUCUCCCUCCCACCCUACACAGUAGCUGGUCAGGGCUGAGUGCAGCCCUGGGGGUAAGGGGAUGACAUGCCCAGGUGUCAGCUCAAAGGAUCUCUGCAUCAUCUUGAGGUGGGAGGCAGAGAAAGGAGCACCAAUGAGGUUGCCCCCCUCCCCAACCUUUUACAAAUGGCAUUUUCUUAAUUGAAAUCCGGGAAGCAGGUGUGAUUACUUUUUUGCUCGUAGAUAUUGUCCUAAGUUGGAAUUCUCCCACUGCCCUAAAGCUUUCCCUAGUAGUCCUUUAAAUUCCCCCCUGCCUUUUUGGUAGCUGUUUUCUCCAUCCUCUUUCCACCUCCCCUCUUAUCUAGGAGCUGUUUGUAAGCACGAUUUUUUAACAGGUUAUAUUGUACAGGAUCAAUAUUUUACUUUUUAACAAGGAUAUUUAUGUAACAAGAAACUUUGCCUUAGGCGGGUGUUGGCCAGAAAAGUCCAGAUUCCUCUGGGACCCCACCCUGGCCUCUCCUGGAGCUCUGAACCUGCUGUGGAAGGAACUGGCCGUGGCCUUCGCCUCUGGAGAGUAGGGCCUGUGGUGAGGGAAGGGCGCUCAUUCACCAUGAUAGUCUUGUGCCUCCCUGGAGGGCUUGGAAACAUUCCAGUCCGACUUCUUUGUGUGCCGGCUGACUUCCUCAGCUCAUGCUUCCCACGUGCACCUCUCCACCUCUGCAUAUUUGGCACUAGAACUCCUGAGACACCACUUCUCAUGCUUCUCCCUCCCUACCAGCGGUCAAGGCUUUGUAACUCCAGAUUAUUUAAAGAGAAAAAUACAAGACAGAAAUCUUCUAGCACUUUGUAAACACAGUGAAUAACCUCUCGGAGUAUUUUUGGCUUUAUAUAAAACAAGGUUUUUAAUUGUAAAGUAUAAGUGCCAUUAGAAAAUGCACAGGGCAUAUCUUUGUUAAAGUAGAUUUUUCAAUGUUUUACAGAAUUACAUUUUCAAAAAAAGGUUUUUAUAAUGAAGUUGUUUAUUAAAAACUUCUGAAUGAUGUG